AUGGCAGACAGCGUACCCAAGAAACCGGAGCUGACGAAGGUGCUCACGCAGGUCACGCUGGUCUCAGCCUUUGGCUCUUCUUUCCAAUAUGGCUACAAUCUCGUUGUGCUCAACUUCCCAGCUCAGUGGAUGCAAGAAUUCUACAACCAGACCUAUCACAAGAGGAAUAACAUCAACAUGGACGCAGGCCUCCUCAGGUUCCUGUGGGGUCUCACGAUUACGUUCUUCCCAAUCGGAGGCCUGGUUGGGACCCUUAUGGCUCGGCCCCUGGCGGAUCAUUGUGGCAGGAAAUACAUCUUGGUGGUAAAUAACCUUUUCCCCAUAGUCGCUGCUGUCGUCUGUUCUUGCUCCAAAGUGGUGCAUUGCUACGAACUGAUCAUCUUUGCACGCUUGGUCAUUGGAAUAUGCGCAGGUAUAGCCUGCAGUGUUGUCCCCUUGUACCUCGGAGAGGUGUCCCCGCACAACCUGAGAGGAGCCGUAAUCGUGGUGUCUCAUUUCUUCCUCACUUUUGGCAUCUUGGUUGCUCAGGCCCUCAGUCUCCAUGUUGUCCUCGGAACCAGGCAAGGUUGGCCGGUGCUGCUGUUCCUCACCAGUAUCCCUGCAUUAUUUCAGAUCUUUCUGCUGCCCUGGUUCCCUGAGAGUCCCAGGUAUCUACUGAUACAGAAAGGAGAUGAAGCGGAAGCAAGGAAAGCCUUGCAGCUGCUGAGAGAGUGGGACGAAGUGGAGGAUGAGAUGGAAGAGCUGAGAAUGGAGGACAAAUUUGAGAACCAGGAGAAACGGAUGUCCUUGAGCAAGCUCAUACUUUGCCGAAGCCAGCAGUGGCAACUUCUGUCCAUUGUAGUCAUGACGCUUAGCCAACACCUCUCUGAUCUCAACGCAAUACACUGGUAUGCUGAGGUAAUCUACCUGUCUACAGGCGUACAAGAGGACUACGUCAGGUACAUCACUGUGAUGAUAAGUGCAACCGUCAUCUUCAUCACCAUCAUAACGAUUUUUGUCGUUGAUUCUUCAGGGCGAAGGCUGCUGCUUCUCACCGGCUUUGGGAUCUGCAGCGUCUGCUGCGUUCUGUUAGCCAUGGCCCUUGAACUUCAGAGCACCAUUCCUUGGAUGUCCUACUUCAGCACAGCUUUUGUCAUUCUCUAUGUGAUUGGACACUCCAUCGGGCCUAGUCCCGUCCCCAGAGUGAUGAUUGCAGAGAUGUUCUUGCAGUCGUCCCGAGCCUCUUCCUUCAUGGUUGGCGAAAUCGUGCAUUGGGUCACCCACUUCCUUUUGGACAUGAUGUUUAUUCAUAUGAAGGUUGGUCUCACGCCCUACAGCUUUCUUGUCUUCUUCUUCAUCUGCUUGUUCGCCUAUGUUUACAUCUACGUGAUGGUCCCAGAAACCAAGAAAAAGAGCUUUGUGGAGAUCCGGAAGCUUCUGGAGGAUCACAUGGCUCAGAGGAGCUUGAAGGUUAUACGAGCCGGGCAGUAG